CUCCUCCUCUCUCUCUCUCUCUCUCUCUCAACCCCAGACAAAAUUCAUCCGUAGAAGGAGAGGAGACAGUACUGCAACCUCAGAAAAAUCAGCAAAUUUGCUCAAAAUUGUACUUUGACACAAGUUGAUUUCCUUCUUUCCGGUAAAAACUGAUAAACAGAGGGAAUGGAGGGGUUGUCUUCACAUCUAAAGGAACUAUGGGAGGAAUGGGAACUGCGAGUCCUGGUCCUCCUCAGCCUCACCUUUCAAAUUGUGCUCAUCGUCCUCGGGCGUCACCGGAAGUACCGGCCCAAUUUGUGGCUGCAGGCGUUGGUCUGGUCACUCUACUUGUCGGUAGAUGCGGUUGCGAUCUACACGCUUGGGAAGAUCGCGACCCGGCUCGCACAAAUGCGGCGCGACCUCGGUGCCGCUGCUGCCACUGCUGGGCUGGACCCAGACGCUCAGAUGAUUGCGUUCUGGACGCCAUUCCUGCUGCUGCACCUGGGCGGUCCAGACACCAUCACGGCCUACUCCCUUGAGGACAACGAGCUCUGGUUGAGGCAUUUUCUCAGACUCGUCGUCCAAAUGGUUGGGACUCUGCUCAUUUUCUUCCAAGCGUUGACAGGCUCCGAACUCUCUGUGCUUUCGCUUCUGAUAAUGGUCUCUGGCCUCAUAAAGUACGGCGAGAGGGUUUAUGCCCUCCGGGCCGCGAGCAGCGAACAGUUCAGGGACUCAACCCCAGAUCCUCCUCUCCAUUGCCCAAGGAUCCUGGAGGAAUAUAUGUUGAAGAAGGCCGAGGGCUAUGACGUCACGCCGCACGUGGUAAUCGAGGUGUACGAAGUGAACGCUGGACACAAUUCGGAGACAGACGGAAAUCUUACGUCUUGUGAUGAAACGCUCUUACCCAGUAAAUUGAAGAAGAAGAAGCAGGACGGACAGGAUAGGGAACAGAGUAACUGCUGCAAUGAAUUGGAGGAGAAGCGCGAACAGGGCGAGCAAGAUAAUCGUGCAAACAAAAACGAUAUGAGCAUGCGCAACCGGGCCGAGUUAACAUUAGCCAAAGACCUGUUUGACACUUUCCGGCGCCUUUUCGUUGAUCUCGUGCUUAGCAUUGAGGAACGUGACACUAGCCUUUCAAUACUCAAGGAUAAAAGUUUUCACGUGGUAUUCAGAGUUAUCGAGAUUGAACUGGGACUCAUGUACGAUUUGCUCUACACUAAGGCGAUAGUGAUCCAGAAACGGUGGGGCUUUACUCUUCGCACCGUGAGUAUACUCCUCACCGUAAUGGUCUUGGUGCUUUUUUCCUGGUCAGACAAGGACAAAUACUCCACGUUCGAUAUCUGUGUGACCUUCUUGUUGCUCUCGGUCGCCGUUUUCCUUGAGAUUUAUGCGUUAUUCUAUGUUCUCUUCUCCGACGAAGCUGCGUGUUGGCUGAAGGACUGCAAUCCCGCCAUUCUGGAUUUCGUCGAACGGUUACAACCGCUGUAUAAGAGGCGCAGGUGGUCAGGUUCUAUGGGGCAGUACAACCUGCUAAGCUUCGCCGUCAAAGAGAAGCACCUUGCGUGCCAUCAAAUCCUACAGUUACUGCACGUCGACCAGAAGGUUCUGAAGUUCUUGUACUGGGGUAAUGUGAAGGUAACGAACUCUCUGAAAGAACAGGUCAUGAACUUUCUGAAAGAACAGGUCAUUCAGCAUCGGACGUUUCAAGGCCCGUCCGUAUAGGACCACCGUGGACAUCUCACGCUCAAAGGCGACAAAUGGGACCAAUUCAAAUGGAGCAUCGAGUUAGGCUUAGACCAGAGCAUCCUUGCCUGGCACAUUGCAACGGAACUCCUAUGCCCCCCGGGAGCUCGGAAAAUCCAUCGCUACCUAGAUGAUCCUACUCUUGAUAAAAUCUAUUUGUAUGUCGAAAUGAGCAAGCAACUUGCUCGGUACAUGGUGUAUCUUUUGGUCAUGUACCCCUUUCUCUUGCCAAUCGGAGUUGGUCGCAUCAAAUUCCGAGACACGUACUUAGAGGCGAGGAAUUUCAUCAUUGAGGCGGAGGCAAUCAAGAAAAACGAGCAGUCGAAAGCCAAGUCUGGUGGAGUCAAAACACAGCCUGAAAAGAGCAAAUCCAAAAUACACAAAGCUUGCGAGGCGCUGCACGAAUGUGUGGACCCGCAAGUAGCUCCGAUUGUGGCAGAAGGAGAUAAGAGCAAGUUCGCCCUGUACCACGGGCGCCGGCUUGCGUGGCAGCUGGACAAGGAAUUUCCCAAUGAAGAGAAUAAAUGACACACAAUAAGUCGUGUGUGGGUGGAGAUGCUGGCUUACGCAGCGGUGAAAUGCAAGGGGCUUCACCAUGCCCAGCAACUACGACAAGGCGGCGAGUUCCUCACUCAUGUCUGGCUCCUCAUGGCUCAUUUCGGCUUGACUGAUCACUUCCAAGUACCGGAGGCCCCAGCAAUCGCUGAGCUGCUGGUGAAGAAGGAGUGAUUCAUCAUGCACUGACUCCCGACAAACCAUGU